UAUUUGUUCUUAGAUUUUAUUAUUAUUGGGGUUGAGUUUUUUAAUCACAGUUUCCGUGCGGCGCGUUGCGGGAGGUGCCGAAUGUGCGGCGGUGAAGCAGCAGCCCGGUACACAGCCGGCCGCGGGCUCGCCCAGGAGGCGCCAUGGCGGCGGGGGGCCUGGCGGGGCUCCUGCCCGCCCAGACACAGCUGGAGUAUGCCCUGCUCGACGCCGAUACUCCCCAGGAGAAGGAGAACUUGGUCUACCAGUACUUAAAGAAGAUGGACAGCCGAGAGCGGGACCUAACGGUGCCUGAGCUCGGCGGAGAUCUACAAUGGUUAAACACUGAGGGUCCUAUUUCUCUUCACAAAGACCUUUGUGGAAAAGUUGUGGUGUUGGAUUUCUUUACUUACUGCUGCAUCAAUUGCUUGCACCUGCUGCCUGAUCUCCAUGCCUUAGAGCACCAGUACUCUGAUAAAGAUGGUCUUGUUAUUGUGGGUGUGCAUUCAGCAAAGUUCCCAAAUGAAAAAGUUCUGGAUAACAUUAAAAGUGCUGUUCUGAGGUAUAAUAUUGUCCACCCUGUAGUAAACGAUGUCGAUGCAACACUGUGGCAUGAACUAGAAGUGUCCUGCUGGCCAACUCUGGUCAUUCUCGGGCCUCGUGGGAAUAUGCUGUUUUCACUUGUUGGAGAGGGACACAGAGAGAAGUUGUUUUUAUUUACUUCUAUAACACUGAAAUUCUACAAAGAGAGAGGACAAAUAAAAGAUAACAACAUUGGAAUAAAGCUAUACAGAGACUCCCUCCCACCUUCUCCCCUGCUAUUUCCUGGUAAAGUGACCGUAGAUCAUUCAGGAGAAAGGCUGGUGAUAGCAGACACUGGACACCAUAGAAUUUUGGUUACUCGAAAAAAUGGAGAAAUUCUACACACUAUUGGAGGUCCAAACAGUGGAAGGAGAGAUGGAAGAUUUUCACAGGCAGCUUUCAACUCACCACAAGGGAUUGCUAUAAAAAAUGACGUUAUUUAUGUAGCUGAUACAGAAAACCACCUCAUUAGAAAGAUUGACCUGGAAUUAGAGAUGGUGACCACUGUAGCAGGCAUUGGGAUACAAGGUGUUGAUAAGGAAGGAGGAGCAAAGGGAGAAGAACAGCCUAUCAGCUCUCCAUGGGAUGUGAUCUUUGGAAAUUCAGUUUCCGGGACUCAGGAAGAUGAUGUUUUAUGGAUAGCAAUGGCAGGCACCCAUCAGGUAUGGGCUCUGAUGCUCGAAGGUGGAAAACUACCAAAGGGAAGUGAUUUAAAGAAAGGAGUGUGCCUUCGGUUCGCUGGGAGCGGCAACGAGGAGAACCGGAACAACGCGUACCCGCACAAGGCGGGAUUUGCACAGCCCUCGGGACUGGCAUGUGCUGCCGAGGAGCCCUGGAACUGCCUGUUCGUGGCAGACAGCGAGAGCAGCACCGUCAGAACUAUCUCGCUGACAGAUGGAGCCGUGAAGCACCUUGUAGGAGGAGAGAGAGAUCCAUUGAAUUUGUUUGCCUUUGGUGAUGUGGAUGGAGCAGGCAUAAAUGCAAAGCUGCAGCAUCCCUUAGGAGUAACGUGGGACAAGAAAAGAAAGCUGCUCUAUGUGGCAGAUUCCUAUAAUCAUAAGAUUAAGGUUGUAGAUCCCAAGAUGAAGAACUGUGCUACCCUGGCAGGCACAGGAGAAGCAAGCAAUGUUAUUGGUUCCAGCUUUACACAGUCAACUUUUAAUGAACCAGGAGGUUUGUGUGUUGAGGAAAAUGGCCGCUUGAUGUAUGUUGCGGACACAAACAAUCAUCAGAUUAAAGUGCUGGAUUUGGAAACAAAAAUUCUUUCCAUGUUGCCUAUCCUGAAUCCAGAAGCAUGUGAUGUUCCAGAUAACCUCCCUGUGCAAAAGGAGAAAAUAACAAACCUUCCAAAACUGCCUAAAUCUGCACCAAAUGUUCAACUUCCAUCACUAACUGUAGCUCCUGGUCAGACAAUUCAGUUUUUAUUAAAGCUGACUCUUCCUCCAGAUUCAAAACUGAACGAAGAAGCACCUAAUUCCUGGUUUAUGACUGCAGAAGAUAAUACUUGGUUGCUUCAAGGACAGUGUCUGUCUGGAGAAAUAAAGGAUGUUUCCUGUCAAACUAUAAUUCCCUUUCAGUUACCCAGGAGCUGUCUGUCAGCUGAAGCUCUCCUGGCUAUCAAAGUGUGCCUCUACUAUUGCAGCAAAGGUAGCAGUGCCUGUAUGAUGAAAGGAAUCUCAUUCAGUCAGCCUUUACAAAUAGCUGGUACAAACCAAGGCAACUUGGCUCAAGUUGAACUGAUACAUGUUUUUUAACCAAUUACCCCAAAGCCAGCUCAUUUCAUACUUUAUUUUACUGUCCACCAGUUCUGUGGGAGAAAAUAUGAAUAGAUGACGUUCCUCUGGUUUUCAUUUUCCUGGAGCUUAUGACAAAGCUAAGAAACAUUAAAAUUAGUAAAAUGAGGUAGAAUUCUCUACAGCUUAAUGUGAAAAUUUAUCAUCACAGCCUAAUUUAUUUUCAUUACAGUAGCAGCAAUAACAUUGUAAUACUCUGGACUAUGUUGCCAGUUGUGAAUAUAUUGGAUGUAUGCCACCCUAGGCAAUGAGCAACAAGUUUUAGAGUCCUUUUGAAAGAACUGGUGUGACUUUAUUGUGUUACUGUAUGUUCUUUGCACUGUACAUACUGUUAGACUAGCUAGAUCAUUUUGGACUAACAGUUACAAAUUCCUUUUGUGCACUUACUAAAUGUUAAUAAAACAUCAAAAUGGAUAAUUUCUUUCUCCAGGCUAUAAAAGUAGCUUGCUUAUUUUUCUGUAAUGGCAUUUAUGACAUAUGUAUUUCAAAAAUACAUCUUAAACCAGGUGCAGCUCUGAUUUUAUGCAAACUGACUGUUUUGCUUAAUUAGCUGUGACCGCCUUACAUGAAGAGCAUAGUUUCAUGGAAAGAAUUCUGUGAAAGGAAGUGUUCAAGUUCCUACAGAAGAAUUUCAUGGUGAUUUCUAACAAAGAAUGUGCCUCUCUCUAAUGUGUGUGUGUGUGCGUGUAUAUGUAUAUAUAAAGGAAAAAUCUCCACCAAACCAUGCUGCAGUUUUUCUGAUACACACCAAUUUUAUACUAAGUGGUAGAUAAUGGUUGAAUAUCUAAAGUGCAAGAAUUAAAUGUCAGCUAUUUCAAGCAGGGUGAAUCACUUUCCUACUUUUAUGAUUUCUCUGUAAAGACUUGUCCGAAGACUUCUGUCUUGCAAAUGCAUAAUAUUAAGAAGAAUAUUAAGCUCUUGAAGUCUGAUUUAGAGCUUUCUGAAGUCACUGUUAGUCUCACCAUUUAUAAUAAUAGCCACUGAACCACAACUAUAUAUUUAAUAAUGGAUUAUUUGCAUUCAUGUUUAGAGAUUCUAAGCCUUUGCUACAAAAUUGGUAAUCUUUGAGUAAGGUGCUUUAAAACUGUAUUACGAAACUCUGCCUUUCGUGGUGAAAUGUUUUUUUUGCAAGUAAAAUUCCUUCAGUUUGCCAUAGUAAGUGGCAGGAAUACAGGAGGGGUUACAGGUUUUUUACUUGGAUUGGAAGAGUUUCCACAGUGCUUAAGUGGUAAUUGGGUUAUACUGUGUGUUCUUUUCAUGAGGAUCAGUUGUGAGAAGAUGCUUUUAAGUUUGAAGAUACUAUUUUCACAAAUAUUAUCAAGUACAGCAGUGAAAGAAUUUUUAUAUAGUCUUUUCUAAACGAUCACCAUUGUUCCUGACACCUGUCAGUAAAUGUCCAGUCUGAUUUGUUGUUGCUCUUUUUUUACUUAAAGGCUGUCUGAAAUGUCGGUCAUGAACCUAAGAGGCUUUUGUUUUAAGGAACUGUGUGGACUGGUGUGGUUUUUCCUUCCAUUGAAAUGCCAGUCUAUCUGCGAGCUCUCCCUUAGUCUCUGUAGUACCACAAAUGGUUAUUAUCUCACCUGUCAGCAAGGCAAGAGCUGAACUAUUAUUUUUUCUAGUGUUUGUUUUUUAAGCAACUUUUCUAAAUCAGUCUUUCAGCUCCUUUUGGUAAGUCUCUCAAUUCUCACAUGGCGUUUUGAAGGAGAAAGCUUUGCUACUUUGUUCACAGAGUACAAAUGCUAUUGGAAGGAUGAAGGUGAAGAAACUGCUUUGGACUUUGAUCAAUUUUUACACUUUAGUACAACUCAGUCUUUCAGAAUGUUUUUUGUCUGAUUGUUUAAUCUGAGAUAGUAGCCACAAAUCUGAGAUCAGCUUCCAGCUAGCCCACAGAUUUUCUGUUUCUUGCUGAAAAAAACAAUCCUUAGCUUCAGAAGUUCAGAAUAACAAACUAAACUGCUACAGUUAUCUUGAACAUAUAAUUCAGCAGAUGGUUUUCUUUCUCUCACUUUCCACUAGAAUGGCAUUAUAUUCCUCUAUUUCAAUUGGAUAAAUCUGCCUAUAUUCCAGUAUAACCAAAAAAAAAAGUCAACAAAUCUGUUUUCUUGACACAUUUUAAUUAAUGUGUUGCUGUAGGGGAAAGACUAUGUAUUCCUAACUUUAUGUUUAAAUAUAGCGUUGUAGAUAUAUUUUCUAAAUGUACAUAUAUAAAUGUGUGUUUAAGUGUCAUAUCCUUUUUGUUAUCAAGUUUCAACUUCUAAUCACUGUGUGUAGACACACUCAGAACCACUAUGAGUUUACUAGGAAAGGGUGAUAGUUGGUAGUAGGAAAACUUGCAUAAGCAUCAAGGUGAAGUCCAGGAUCAAACUGUAAAGGACUUAGUUGUAGCCAAAUGUGAAACAAUUGUAUUUCAAGGAAAACAAUUUUAGCUUUACUAGUGAAGAACAGGAAUGUAUCUGUUUGAACUAGUUCUUUCUUUACCUUUUAAGUCCAUGUCUUGGAGCAGGUGACUCAAUCUUAUAUAAGUCAGGGGAGUACAGGGUGUUAUACCAUAUCUGUGCUGCUAUGACUCUUUCCCCAAAGCCUCAGAGCAUUCCUUGCUACUACUCUGUAAUGGCUUUAUGCUAAAGAAGGGCAGAAGGUCUGAUUCCAUCGUAAAAAGACACACAGCCCACUAUUUAUGAAGAAAAGCUAUAUAUCCCAAAGUGCUUUUCCCUCAUAUCCUAAGUCCUGAACCCUGUCAGUUUGCAAGGGAGAGCUGCUCUUCCUGAAUCAUCUUAGUAGGUUUCACACAGAGACACAGCUCUAAUCGUUCUCCUUCAUUAUUUUAGGAGUAGUUGAUUAUUAGUGUGCUCCAGCUCUCACUGAUGAGAUUCUGCUUCUCGCUCAAUCUGUGUGUUCACUGUGAUUAGCCUUUAAUCAUAUAGCCUAAUAAUGUUUUACUUGUCCAAGGAAUCACACACACAUUCCCAGAGUCACUCCUGUUUCACUUGUGUACAGACAUUUGAAUGUUCUAUAAUUAGAAAAACAUGUAAAGCUUCUGAUAUUUUUUGACGAUACUAUUUAUAUUGCUUCCUUCAGGGUUUACAAGACGCUCUUACAGUAAAACAAGUGCCAUAAACAUAACUAAACAGGCAAACAGAAUAGCAGGUUCAAGCCACAGAAAUACAUUUCAAUUAAGUACCAGAAAGCAUCUUCAAAAUAUGAUUCAGAAGAAUAGAAAAUGUUACUACACUGUCUAAAUGCUGAAAAAUCAGAUACACUGAUAAGUGCUAUCCGUUUGUGUAGUCAUUUAGUUUAUUAAUGUUUCCUGGUAUAAAAAUUCUAAGCAGGUGGGUAUGGCUCACCACUCCCAGAUUUGUGUCUUACAGUACAAGUAUGUAAUUCAAAGUCUUUUCAAAACGUGUCAUUCUACUGAUUUUAAUAGGUUUUGCAUCAGACCUUAAUAAAGUAAUAAGUUACUGUAGCAAAUUGCUAAAGAAUAUUGGUCAAGGUUGUAAUAUAUAAUGGAAACAAGUUCAGUGGCAUUUGCAGGUUUUAGUAGUUUAGUGUUUCGUUUUCUGGAACAGCUUUGGGUUUUGUGUGAAUAUAAUAGUCCUGUGAGAUGCUUUUAGAAUUUUUAUUUAAUUACAGUACAAUAUUAUUCAUUAGACUAGGAAAAAGAUAAUGUGGUUUUGAAGAGGGAGUAUAAUCUGUUUUAAUGGCUUUUUCAUGUUAUUUGGAUUCAGUAGUAUCUUUCUGCAGUCUGUUCCCUUCUGUUGAAGGAAGGGCAGGGAUACCGACUGUGUAAACCCAUUGACAGGCACAUAUUUUAUCCAUGCAUUUUCAGUUGAUUCCUUUUUGUGUUCCUCACAUGUCAUUUUGAGCUUUUCUACUGAAUGCACUUCACAGAAUCACAGAAUGGUAGGAAUUGGAAGGGACCUCUAAAGAUCAUCUAGUCCAAUCCCCCUGCAGAUUCACCUAGAUGAGGUCACAUAGGAACGUGUUUAGUCCACUUCUCCAUAGUUUGUGUUUUGCCUCGCAUGUCUUCCACUUGUAGAGCAUUAUGUUUGUGUAAUGCUGUCGUAAUGUGAUACAAAGCAAGUACAGACCAGAUGAGUGAUACAUGAGAAAAUAGCUUUAUAGCAUCAUGCAAAUACCUUAUCUGCUUAGCCUGAGACAAGGUGCAUGUGGCUUCCAGUGCACUGUAUGUAUUCUUAACACACUUUUAAAAUUCUAAUGGGACAGCUUGCUAGCUCAAGCAGUGGGUAACGGAGUUGUUUGUGAGAAUGUGAAGGAAAACAGAUUACUUAUUUCUUGCUCAGAGGAGGAGGGAUCAGAAUGAAGUGACUUUCCUUCUCAUGCAGGCACAUGUCCUUCUGCAAAGAGAGUUGUGCUGUUGACCAUAGAGUCUCUUGUAUUUUUGAUUCCUGAUAAGGUUUUUACAUACAUGGGACCUUUAAGUAUCUGACUAUGUAGACUUAGGAGUGAUACAUCCAGUUCAAAAUGGCCCAUAGUUUAGCAAGACAGUAGCAGAAAUUUAUGUACAUUCUUAAGAUCUGUAACUUUUUAAAAAUCACUAUUACUCAUGAAGACUGAGCUCAAAGGAAUAUUGCAGCUAAACAGAAAUGUGUUCAUAAACUUUGUAUUCCAACUCAAGACGUAAGUUUUCUUCCUUGUAUAAUGUACGAGAGAUGCUGUGACACGUUGUGUGUGUGUGUCCUUCAAGCUACAGCUCUGCUGCUUGAGGAGAAUUUAUUAUGCUUAGCAGCUUAUCAGCUACCCCCCAGGAGUUCUUCACUCAAAUCUGCCAACUCAGUUGUCCAUAUAAUCAAUUAAAAAUACUGAUUUACGUUAACAAAGGUUGAGUAUUUUGAUUGAAGUUGGUUUGUCAGGGAUUAGAGGAGUUUUGCUGUGCCAUGCAGGAAAAGUGUAAGAAUGGUGACAACUAGUUGGAGACAAUUGUUGAAAAUAUUAGUUUUACAAUGUAAUUUAAUUAAAAAUUUCUUUAUUAGACAGCCCAUCUCUCUUUGUAUUCUACACCAGAUCAUUGAUUUAGAAUCAAUAUGUCUAAUACUUUACAUUCCGUUCGUAUAACCCAAUUUGACGACUGUCUUCCAUCAGAAGCUGCUGUUCUAUAUAGUGUCAUUUUUGUAAAUUCCACAUGUAAAAUCACUACUGUCAUUAAGGAUUAGAAUUCAUUCUUGUUCAGGAUUCAUCACACUUCUAAUGGAGUUUCCAAGUUUAUCUUAGUUCCUUUGAUACAAUAUCAUGGGAUGAUUUUGGUUAUGUUUUGGGGUCCAUCUUUUCCUCCUGUAGUUUUCCCAAGAAUGAAAUGCAACCAGUAUCUUGUUACCACAGAGGGAUCCAAGUAGGGUACUUCCCUCCAGCAGCACCUUGCCUCUGCCCUGCUUUAGGGAUGGGCAAGUGCAGUAAGAUUGUCUCACAUGUCAGCUCACUCCAAAAGGAUGCAAAUGAGGUGCGGUGCGAGUUUCAGGAUGAGUUACACCAGGACGCUGAUUCCUGGUAUGAAUAGACUUGGGGCAUACUGGCUUUCUAGAGUUACCUCUUUCCUGGGUCUGCUUCUGUUUAUGGCCUACAAAAUCUUGCUCCAUUAAGAAGACAAGAAUUUUGCCCUUUUUAUUUCUUACUGGGUUAUCUUCAGUGUUCUUAAGAUAACCUGAUAACAGUUACUGGAUUCUAGGACUUAUCAUUACCCUCCCUAACACUUCUAGGUAAUACUAGAAUAAGAUUAUGUUCUCAGGUCAACUUGAUCAACUUGACACUGAUGCAGCUACCAUCAAUUUUUUUACCUUUACCUCUGACCCUGUGCAGUGAGGUCUGGAAGUUACUUCUAGAUCUCCCAGAGCAUUCCAUGAAAUCUGAGGAGCCUGUGCUUGGAUUUUGAUGGCUCUUUGUUUCGGGAAACUUUUAUACCAUAGGUUAAAUACUUCAGCUAUUAGGUGACUUGAAAGAUACCCCAGUUUGCUAUCUUGCUACAGAUUGUGCUUGAUUAUUUUCAGAGGGUAACACAUUUUUGUGGCAGCUGCAAAAGUAGAAGCCCUGGAUAUAAGUUGAGGAGUGUUUGUGCAGUUAUAAUUACUUGUUGCUUACUGUACCUCAUUGUUUGUCCAUUGCUUUCAAGUGUACCAGAGAACUGUUUGUCCAAUUGCAUGCUCUAGGGCUAAGCAAAGGAAUUACAAGUAUUUUUCAAGUCUUGCCUAGUUCCUUUGAAACAUCAACAAUUUAGAGCUAAAGAAAUCCCACUUGUAAAAUUCUCUUCAUAAGUCUGCCUUAAUUUAAUGCUCUGUACUCAACAUGCCUCAGAAGAGCAAUAUUCCACACUGUGGAAUAUUCCUUUUUUACUAAGUGUUUAGAAAUUCAAUCCAUCUGGUCCCUUGUCAGACUUCAUAAAAAGCAAGAUAACAAUCCCCAAUUUGAUUUUACAUUCAUGUUUUUCAAAAAUAAAAGCUUCUUUUUCAGAUGUUUGAUCAAGAUUAAAUACUUGGGUUUGAAACCGUACAUUCAGGAACUCUGUCCUGAGGGUUACCUAGAUCAGAUGACUGGUGUCCAGGUGUUCAAAAUGUAGAAUUGGUAGCAGAGGAACAGAAUUGCUAAGUGUUUUAUGUUUUGAAUAUUUAACUUCAAAAUUAUCCAAUUUCACUUUUAAAGGAGAAUUAGUGGAAUUAAAGCUUUCUCUUCUGUAAAUCAUUGCCAUUAAUGUGCCAUUAAUCACCGUAUCAUUAAAACCUGUGAUGAGUCUGUGAUUUUACAAAGAAAUUAAUAAAGAAAAUUAAGGAACAAAGUCGUCAGGGAGACUUCAAACAGUUUGCUGAAAUUGUGAUAUGAGUGAGAUGGAAGGCAAAACAUUCAUUGAUCUAAAAGAGGGAGGGUGAUAAUUCUCGGUAUUUGAGGGUUGGUCCUUGUUUUGGCUUCCUCCCCACCCUGUUCUACAGAUCAGCAGAGAUUCUUUAAAUAGCAGAAAGUUGUGUGUAGAGGCAGCUAGGAAGGGUCAGACUCUCUCACUAUGAAACUUCAUUUGGGCUGGCAUGCCUAAAAAUCCCAGCAGUAGAAUACUAAUGAAGAAAGUCACAUUUAAGCAUUUAGCACCUUAUUAAAUAUAUCCAUAUGGUUUAAGGGUAAAGACAGGGAGGGGUUUUCUUUCUUUCUUUAAGAACUUCACUGUUGCUUUAUGGACAUUGGAAUAUUUUUGUCUGCUCUUUGAGAUAUUAAACCUCUGUUUUUCCAUUACAUCUGAUGCAAAGCCUUUCAAAUAUCUGAACUUUGAAAAAGAUGUGUUUUAGAUUUGUUACUACAAAAUAUGUGAAGAAUUAAAACUGUAGGCACUUAAUCUACAGCUGAUAUAGAUUGUAAAUUCUUCACAUACAGCAUUGCCUAAUAAAGUUGUUCACAGUAUUUAUGGAUUAUGAUCCUUUUUAAAUAAAAGGUAAAUGUCCUGUAAUAUUAUGAGAACAAAUAAAUACACUGUAGAAGAAAUGUCAGCCUCGGAUAUCAAUUCAACAAAUAAACAGUGAUUCAAGAAUGUACUCUUUCUCCUGUGAAACCUCUUUCUCCUUGUAAAGCUUUUUCAUGGAAAAAUAAACAUUAAAAAAAUGAUCUUUUCUUUCAA